AGUUGCCUUCACCAUCCACCAGAAUAGAAGACACUGUGGCGUGCUUUCUUUAGUUGGUGGCAUUUUAACGCGGCGAGCUCUGUCUGGAUUGCUAACAUCCGCUACGCGUUGGAUUAUAUUAUAUUACCAUCAUAAUUAAAGAAAGCGUAAGGGACAUGGUGUUACGUGGUCUUAACAGCAAGAUUUUGGGUGUUUAACUUGACAGCGCAUUGCCGCCAAAUUGUGGUUUAAAACUAAUUUGAAUAGAAGAUGGAGCUCAAAGAGUUGUGGCGAUCCGUCCGUCCUUUUGUUUUUUUGUUAGUUCUGUGCCUUGGAUUGGAUUUAGUUAGUACUCAACAAAGCAAUUCCUUAUUACAGUGUCCAGAUGGUUGGUCACAAAGCAGUGAUCAGUGCUAUAGGUUUUUCAAUAUUAGGCGGUCGUGGCGGAGAGCAGCAGAAAUAUGCAGAAGGUAUGGAAGUGAAUUAUCACUUGUUGAAAACUUUUGGCAAAACAAUUACACCCAAAGUCUUGCUUCUUCCAACCUGAAAGAUGUAGGUCACAAAGCCUACUGGUUAGGCUUGACAACUGUAGAUGACCUCUCAACAAAUACAUUAGAGUCAGCUGGUGGUUCUUUCAUAUCAUUGUACAUGGGCUUUUGGGCCACAGACCAACCUAGGCCUCAAGAUGGCAGUUGUGUGCAAGCUAUUGUUGACACUUCUGCUCAAUAUUGGAAGCUUACAACAUGUGAAACACUAUUACCUUUUAUGUGCCAAAUGGAAGCUUGCCCUAGAGGUUCAUUUUUCUGUAGCAAUGGUAAAUGUGUCAAUAGCAAAUGGAAAUGUGAUGGACAAGAUGACUGUGGAGACAGGUCUGAUGAAAUGGAUUGUCCCAAUUUGUGUCGUUAUCAUUUUAAAAGUUCAGGUGACUCUAUACAAUCACCUAACUAUCCCAAUAAAUAUGAACCCAGUUCAGACUGUAAGUGGACGUUAGAAGGAGCUGUUGGAACUGGAAUUGUCUUACAGUUCUCUGAUUUUGAAACUGAAGUGAACUUUGAUACUGUUCAAAUAUUGGCUGGGGGACGAACAGAAGAAUCUGGAGUAAAUUUGGUAACAUUAUCUGGCCUUCAGGAUUUGGGAGUGAAAACAUUUACUACUGCAUCUAAUUUGAUGAUCGUAAAAUUCCGUUCUGAUGCUUCUGUUGAGAAAAAAGGUUUCAGAGCCAGCUGGAAAACAGAACCCAUAAAAUGUGGGGGAGAACUGCUAGCUAUGCCUACUGCUCAGUUAUUCAACUCUCCUCUGUACCCACAACCAUACCCUGGAGGAUUAGAAUGUUUAUACAUAAUAUCUGCUCCAUCAAGCAAAAUAAUUACUCUUGAGGUUCUUGAUUUUGAAUUUGAACCUGAAAAAGAUUUCUUAUUCAUAAGAGAUGGCACAUCACCAUCUGAUCCACUGCUAGCCAAACUAACUGGGAGUGCUGAAAAUAACCCAAAAUUUAUAUUAAGCACAAGGAACAAAAUAUAUAUUUAUAUGCAAACAAGCUAUGGCGAUAGCAGAAAAGGCUUUUCUAUUCGAUUCCGUGCUGGAUGCCAUGUUGAGCUUACAUCAAAUUCUGGCAAUAUUUCAUCACCAGCAUUUGGUGUUGUGGAUUAUCCAUCUAAUCAAGAGUGUAGUUACAGUAUAGCUCGACCUGGAGGUGGACCAUUGUCACUGAGAUUUAAUCGAUUUGAUGUAGCUGAUGAUGACUUUAUACAAGUUUAUGAUGGUACAAGCUCAUCUGGUGUUCGAUUGCAUCCAUCAGAUGGUUUUAGUGGUUUAUCUAGACCAUCUAUAACCUUAACAGCUAGCAGUGGAAACUUUUUUGUAAAUUUUAUAACUAAUCCUAUGCAUACAGCUUCAGGAUGGAUGGCUAGUUUCAGUGCAGAUUGUCCUCAACUUUCUGUUGGAGAAAGAGCUAUAGCAUCAAGCCGAGAAACAACAUUUGGUGCGAGAGUUAUGUAUAUAUGUCCCAUAGGUCAAGAAUUCAGUUCUGGUGGUGAUAGGAUACUUGCAGAAUGUAUGCAGGGAGGUGAAUGGAAUGUAACACAUAUUCCUGGUUGUCAAGAAAAGUACUGUGGUCCUGUGCCUCAAAUUGAUAAUGGAUUUGCUGUUGCUGCUACUAAUGUUACGUACCGAGGGAAAGCUACUUACCAGUGCUAUGCUGGCUUUGGAUUUCCUGGUGGUCGUCCAACUGAAACUAUCCAGUGCCAAGAAAAUGGGAAAUGGGAAAAAUUACCCAUUUGUCUUGCAUCUUCAUGCCCAGCUUUGCCAGAAACUCCUCAUGCUAUAAGAACACUUCUAAAUGGUGAAGGAAGCAGAUAUGGUACAGUGAUAAGAUUUGAAUGUGAACCAGGAUAUCGUAGAAUGGGAGCUCCUGUACUUGUGUGUACUAGUGUUGGCCAGUGGUCUUAUGAGCCACCUGUUUGUGAAAGAGUGAAGUGUCCAAUAUUACCUGAAAUAGUAAAUGGCUUUAUUAUCGAUAAAGAUAAAGAAUACUUCUUUGGUGAUGAAGGCAGAGUACAGUGUUUUAAAGGAUAUAAAUUAGAAGGAAGUCCAACAAUAAAAUGUGGAGCUGAUCAAACAUUUAUCAAUACAUCUGUCUGUAGAGAUGUUGAUGAAUGUGCAUCAUCAUCUUGUGAUGCAGCUUCUACAAAAUGCUCAAAUACUGAUGGUGGUUUUUACUGCAAAUGUAGGAAAGGUUUCGAACCAAACAUGGAAUGUCGUCCUGUUGGUGACCUAGGCAUAGGAAAUGGCAAUGUACCAGAUAGUCGCAUUAAAGCUUCUGGAACUGAAAUUGGUUACAGCAAAAAUCGUGUGCGUUUGGACCACUCUUUGGGAUGGUGUGGUAAUAUUCAAAGACCUGGAGAAAACUGGAUACAGUUUGAUCUUCGAGCUCCAGUUGUAUUACGAGGCUUCAGGACACAGUCAGUUCCAAGGCCUGAUGGAUCACAAGCAAUCCCUCUUGCUGUUCGUAUUCAAUACAGUGAUGAUUUAACUGAUUUAUUCCGUACAUAUGGUGAUCCCUUUGGUCAGCCUAUCGAUUUUCGUUUGACCCACAAUGGAGGUUCUGGCCUUUCAAUUGUCAGUCUUCCAAUGCCUAUUGAAGCACGAUACAUCCGUGUUCUUGUGAUGGAUUAUGUAGGUGCACCAUGUGUACGAGUUGAGCUUAUGGGAUGCACACGACAGGAUUGCCAUGAUAUAAAUGAAUGUCUCGAUAAAAAUGGAGGAUGUGACCAGAGGUGUAUUAAUAAUCCUGGAAGUUUUAAUUGUCUGUGCAAUGUAGGCUAUGAGCUUUACACUCAGAAUGGAACAAGUGGCUUAUAUAUUCCCGAUAGUGAAACAGGGUUAAAAACUGGUGAUACAUAUACUAUAAAUAAAACCUGUGUCCCUAAAAAGUGUCCAGCUCUUGGCAGCAUAGAAAAUGGAAAAAUUCUUACAACAAAAUCAGAUUUUCAUUUUGGUGAUGUCGUCAGCUUCCAGUGUGACUUCGGCUAUGUGAUGUCUGGUAGCUCAGUUCUGUUAUGCAACAGCAAUGGAGAAUGGAAUGGAACAGUUCCUUCAUGUAAAUUUGCACACUGUCCAUUAAUAAAUUCUGAUCCAAAACAAGGACUUGCUAUUCGAGUUGCAGAAGAUAUUCAGAGUAUUCCAUAUUUAGAAAACAUCACUAUCAGUUGUGAAGAGACUGGAAGACCACUGCGAGCUACUGCAUCUGCUGAUUUUAGACAGUGUGUAUACAAUCCUUAUCCUGGUAAACCUAAUUACUGGUUAUCUGGAGAUGCUCCUCAAUGUCCAAGAGUUGACUGUGGCAUUCCUCCAGAAAGUACUGGUGCAUCUUAUGGCCAGUAUAUUGAUACUCGUUACCAGUCAAGUUUUUUCUUUGGGUGUGAAGAUACUUUUAAUGUAGCUGGUAAAUCUGGAAACGGUGAUAAUAUUGUUAGAUGUAUGGAAGAUGGUACAUGGGAUUUUGGUGACUUAAGAUGUGAAGGGCCUGUAUGUGAAGAUCCUGGACGGCCUCCAGAUGGUAUGCAAAUGGCAUCAAGUUAUGAACAUGGUUCUGAAGUGAUGUUUAGUUGUGAAAGGCCUGGAUAUAUCCCAUAUACUACUGAUCCAAUAUCUUGCAUAAAGAAUGCUGAAUGUAAAGCUAUUAAGCCAAUAGGCUUAACAUCUGGUAUAAUUCCUGAUAAUGCCAUAAAUGCAACAUCUCAGAGAGUGAAUUAUGAAGCCAAGAAUAUCCGCUUAAAUAGUGCUACAGGAUGGUGUGCAAAGGAAGAAACUUUCACAUAUGUAACUGUUGAUUUAGGACGUGUUUUCCGCAUUAAAUCUUUGUAUGUCAAAGGAGUAGUUACCAAUGAUGUUAGCGGAAGGCCAACAGAACUUAGAUUCUUUUACAGAGUAGGCACUACAGAAAACUUUGUUGUUUAUUUCCCGGUCUUUGGAGGACCUUUGCACUCUUUGGCCAAACAGUUGGCAGCCUCGUUUCCAGAAAUCCCACAUAUUAUUUUUUAUUUAUCAGAUCAAGAGCCUCCUCACUUUAUCAAUUGUCCAGAUAAACCUAUUUUAGUUGCUAAAUCUACAAAUGGUUUGCAACUUGUAAAUUUCACAGAACCAACUGCUAUUGAUAAUUCUGGAAGACUAGCUCGAUUUGAAGUGAAACCUGCUGGAUUCAAACCACCAGUGAUGGUUUUCGAAGAUAUGGUUGUGCAAUAUUUUGCCUAUGAUUUUGAUGGAAAUAUUGCUGUUUGCUCUGUGAACAUAACUGUUCCUGAUGAUACUCCUCCAUCAUUGACAUGUCCUCAGUCAUAUGUUAUUGAAUUAGUAGAAAAGCAAGAUAGUUACCGAGUAAAUUUUGAAGAAGUGAGAAGAAUGGUUAAUGCUUCUGAUAAUUCAGGAGAUGUGAAUAUCCAAAUUGCUCCACAAACUGCGUUCAUCAGCCUUGGAGGCUAUCGCAAUGUUACUGUUCUUGCAACAGAUAAAUUUGGAAAUCAAGCAACCUGCCAUUUCCAAGUAUCUGUACAAGCUGCACCUUGUGUUGAUUGGUCUUUAGAACCACCAGCAAAUGGUGAUGUUAGCUGUGUUCCUGAUGAUUCAACCUCUGGUUACCGCUGUGUAGCAACUUGUAAAGAGGGAUAUAAAUUUACUGAUGGUGCACCACUGAAAGAAUAUGAAUGUGCAAAUGGUCAAGCUUGGGUUCCUGGAAGUAUAAUCCCUGACUGUGUUUCUGAAGACACUGACGAGGCAUCAUAUGAUGUGGUAGCUCAGAUUGAAUAUAGGGCUGGUGGUGCAGUUUCUGUUCCAUGCUUAGAACAAUAUGUUUCAUAUGUGAGAACCUUUUAUAGUUCCUUGAAUGACCUUCUUUCUGGCCGUUGCUCUGCAAUAAAUGUUAAGAUGGAUAUAUCCUUCCACAACACUACAGUGAGAAUGAUUGCUGAAAAUACAAUUAUUAUGACUUACACACUAAGGAUCAAACCUGCUGUCAGUCAGACUUUGUUAUAUGAUCUAUGUGGUUCUACUUUGGGGCUUAUAUUUGAUUUAAGUGUUCCAAGUACAUCUGUUAUCAUUGAACCUAUACUGAAUAUUACAUCCGUAGCUGUUGGUGGACAGUGUCCUGGAGUGCUUGCCAUUCGUUCUAAUGUUGACAGAGGUUUUACGUGUGGUAUUGGAGAAGUGCUAAAUGCAGAUAAAGAAGGGCAAAUUCCCAACUGCUUGCAUUGUCCAGCUGGUACAUAUGCAUCAUUAGAUGGAGGAUGCAUGUUUUGUCCUCGAGGUACUUAUCAAGAUUUAACACAACAAGCGGAAUGCAAACAAUGUCCUCUUGGGACUUUCACUAAACAGGAAGGAAGUAAAAGCAUAACAGAAUGCAUUUCUGUUUGUGGUUAUGGUACUUAUUCUCCAACUGGUCUUGUCCCAUGUCUUCAGUGUCCAAGUAAUUCUUACACUGGUGAUCCUCCUGUUGAUGGAUUUAAAGAAUGUUUCAAAUGUCCAGCAAAUACUUACACUUAUUCCCCAGGAUCUAAAGAGCCAUCUGAUUGCAGAGCUCGUUGCCCUGCUGGAAUGUAUUCUGAAACUGGGUUGGAACCAUGUGCUGUCUGUCCAGUGAAUUUCUAUCAGUCACUAGAAGGACAGACAUCAUGUUUGGAAUGUGCCUCUUCUCAUACAACAGCAAGAGCAGGCUCUACUGGUCAAACAGAAUGUGUUCCAUUGCAAUGCAGCAGUCAGUCAUGUCAGCAUGGAGGUUUAUGUCUCAUUCAACGACAUCAUCUCUCUUGCUAUUGUCCUGCUGGGUUUAGCGGUCAGUUUUGUGAAAUAGAUGUGGAUGAAUGUGCAAGUCAACCUUGUUAUAAUGGAGGAAAAUGUAAUGAUCUCCCUCAGGGAUAUACUUGUGACUGCCCACCAGGUUACUCAGGCCUGCAGUGCCAAAUAGAAAUAUCAGAUUGUACAAAUGUCACAUGUCCUGAGAGAGCUAUGUGCCAAAAUUUACCAGGUUUAGGUAAUUAUAAUUGCCUUUGCCGCUCUGGCUAUGAAGGUGUAGAGUGUGAUACUACUGUGAAUCCUUGCACAAGUGAAAGCAGUCCAUGCAGCAAUGGUGCAAGUUGUAUUCCUUUAUUGCAAGGGAGAUACAAAUGUGAGUGUUUGCCAGGAUGGACGGGCAGAAUGUGUGAUGUUAACAUAGAUGAUUGUGUAGAAGAACCAUGCUUAUUGGGAUCGAACUGUACUGACUUAGUUAAUGACUUCAGAUGUGAUUGUCCACCAGGAUUUACUGGAAAGAGAUGUGAGAGAAAGAUAGACUUAUGUGCUACUAACCCUUGCAUUAAUGGCAUUUGUGUUGACAGGCUGUUUUCCCACGAGUGCAUAUGUGAUCCUGGUUGGACAGGUGUAAGCUGUGAAAUGAACAUCGAUGAAUGUGUCAAUGAUCCUUGUCAAAAUGGUGGCCAGUGUAUUGACCUUGUAAAUGACUAUAAAUGCAUAUGUGAUGCUGGAUAUACUGGAUCUAAAUGUCAGCAUGAAGUGGAUUCAUGUGAAUCAGAACCUUGUCAAAAUGGUGGAACUUGCAUGGACCACUUGGAUGGAUUUUCAUGUUUGUGCCGGCCAGGCUUCGUUGGCUUGCAGUGUGAAGCUGAAGUUGAUGAAUGUAUUAGUGGACCUUGUGAUGCUGCUGGAACUGAAAAAUGUGUUGACAAGGAUAAUGGAUUUAUGUGUCAAUGUAACCCUGGUUACACAGGAGAACUUUGUGAGGUAUUUAUAUAA